AUGGCGGUAGUUUUAGAAAUUGUCAACAAUUUUUGGUGUCAUACCUGCACACGCCACUCCAGGCUACCGACACACCCAGCACGCGCGGUUCGUAACGACAAAAUGGACCAAACCACUGUCGGUGGUCAACACCAGAACAAUUACCCCGUUCUGCUAUUGCCGAAGAAGUGCACAUCGCUUGAAACCAAUUGUCAGGUGACCGACAAUGUCUACAUAGACUUGAACAUAACCUCACCCGACACGGAGGGCAACGACACCUGCAUAUACUCCGGCUUCUGCAACGUCAAACUGGUCGACAGCUACAACGUAAACCUGGAGGCGGUCGAAGACAUCGACAAUGACAUGCCGGUGAUCGUCAACGAGAACCAGAACUACUACAACCAGUCCCAGGUCUGGAUCGAUCCGGUCCGAAGCCCGUACGUUUACAAUCAGUACGACAAGACCCAGGAACGCUACUCGAUAUGCCAGGAGAACCACGGCCGGAUAACCGUGGAGCAGCACAACACUUACAUAACCCAAAACGUAUACAACUGCAAUGAAAUCCAAACGUCACCGACGUAUGAGUGCAAGAGGCUACGUAAAUACGAUACUGUCCCUAAUUGCGCUCUAUACGAAGAGGACGAAUUUGAAUGCGGCGUCUUCCUGUCUCAAUUAUCCGAAGAGAUCGGCAAUGAUAAGGAGAAAGUUCGAGAAGAAAGACGGUUGAUCGGGAUUCCAAGUGAGAAUAACGCUUUGAAGCAGCUCAUGUCGACCGACGUGCAAUCAGUCUCGAAGCAGCGUAAAACGAUUUUGUUUCUGGGUAACGACUCGCAUUCCGGUCAGACCAUCCAGAACAUCAGUGUCAACGACCCGUCCCUGGAGUGUAUCGGUAAUGGAGAAAUCGAUCACGAAGUUAUCAUUGAAGAUUCCUCGUCUUCGAAUCCGCACCAAAAGCGAUACCAGUGCGACAAAUGCAAACAGAUAUUCGAACAGAUCUCGACCUUCAAGCAGCACAUGGUCAGCACGCACCGGCACCUGUACGACGUGGACUCCCGGCCGGUAGGCGACGUCAAGUACAUGUGCACCGAAUGCGGCAAGAGCCUCAAGAACCAGGAGAAAUUCGAGCUGCACUGCAUGGGUCACGGCGACCCCGAUCUAGAAUGCAACAAGUGCCACAAAGUUUUCGCUUCGAAAUUCACCUUGAGGACGCACAGGAAGAUACACAAUCGCAAGCACCCCUGCGACUACUGCACCAGAUCGUACGCCACCCCGGAGGAGCUGCGGACGCACAUAUCCAAGAUCCACUUCGUGUUUAUAUGCGACCACUGCUCAUUCACGGCCAAUAGUUACUCGGACUACAUAAAUCACCAGAGCUCUCACAAGGAAAUAAAAAAAGCCGCGAGCGAGACCGAGUUCGGCGACUCGCUCAUUGAGGAGGUGUUUAGCGAGAAUGACGUCAUCAAUCCCUCACCUGUCAAUCACGAUAACAAGGCUGUCAAUAGCUUCACUGACAACGAGAAGCCUGCAGUCAAUGAUCAAGUCAGGGAAGCCGACUCUAUCAUUGCCAAAGUAAUGUCGAAUAAAAUAUUUUUGUUACACGCGAAGAAGGCCCGGAGACACCGGAGAUACAAUAAGGUGUGCGAGGUCUGCUUGAAGUCGUUCGACCGGAUCGGCGACCUCAAGCGCCACCUCAUCGAGCACGUCAUCCGGAGCACCCUCGCCAAGACUCCGGUCGGGAAGGACGGGACCCUCAGCAUACUGUGUGAGGUCUGCCAGAAUGAGACCUUCACCCGCGUGGACAGGUACAAGGCACAUCUACGCGAGCACGCCAAGCUCACCCUCUACAAGUGCACUUUCUGCGACAAGUCCUUUAGCGAUUCCAGCAACUUCUCGAAGCACAAAAAGAUCCACGGCUCCACUUACUUCCAGUGCGAUCUGUGUCAAAGGAAGUUCAACUCCAAGAAGAUGAUCGCCCAGCACAUGGAGUACCACAACAAGAACUCGCCGGUCCGCUGCAAGUACUGCAACAGGAUCUUCCACUUUGAGUCAAUGCUGAAUAAGCACAUCAAGUGCACUCACGCCAAGGAGCUGUACACGAGGUUCAAGUGCCGGUUCUGCAAUGAUUACUUCAAGACUUUAAAGGAGAAAUGGGAUCACGAAUGGACAAUCCAUAACGUUAGGAAGAUGGUGGUGGACUGUUUGGUGUGCGGGAUGAAGUUCAGGAAGUAUUCGGAGCUGAAGAGGCACUGCUUCGACGAGCACGACAUGGAAAUACCUCCUGCUAAGAAAUUGAUGAAGAGGAUGCUCAAGGAUUAA